UGCCGAGCGCGCUGCACUCCGCCGUGCGUUUGUUUCCCUUUUAAAAGUGCCCAAAGCACCGAACCCUUCCGAGCCCAACCAAGCCAAGCCGAGCCACGGCGUGCGUCUGCGCCCCCCUCCCCAAACGCACCACCCCGCCUCCACCACCACCACCACCCCACCCUCGCCUCGCCGUCUCCGACCGCCGUUCUGUGGCAAUGGAGCCGUAACCAACCUCAGUGUGCUUAACUGAGCCGAGCGCGUGAAAUAGCAACGGAUACGAGGAGACAGCUGAGACCAAGUGGCUAUGGAGGAGCAGCGCAGCGAGGCUGGAGUCUAGACUGCACGCAAAUUUAACAGACCCGGAUUACUUUUUGCCACCAUUUUUUUGAACUCUUAUUAUCACUAUUAGAACAGGAAUUUCCCCCCCCCCCCCCCUUUUUUUCCAGCCGUCUGAUCAUCAUAUUAUUCUAUCGUUACACGACGAGGAUGCAGGCGAAGGAGGCGAGCUUUUGCACGGGAAGCUGGAGACUAACGCUGCUGUCAUGCGUCCUGGCUCUGCACUUGAUCCCGCUGUCGGUCCACGGAACCGUUGUCGGGACCAAUGCCACUGAGCCGGACAGUGCGGCCAAUGACACCGCCCUGCUUGGCGAGGAGGAGGGGCCUGUCAAGGUCAACGAGGUCAUCGCCACGGUAACCAUGAUGAGCAGCUCGGCCAGUCCUGCCACUGUGACCCCGGGGGCGGACCGGAUCCCCCCCGCCGGCGAGGAGGAAGAGCAGAGCAGCGGCAUGUUCGGCGAGACAAUGGUUCCCGCGUUGGAGGAAGUGGGCGUGGCUGCCCCGCCCCAGCUAAGCCCUGACUCGGCUGAGAUGGAGCACCUGCUGCCCAGCAACCCACGCGGACAGGACGUCCUGGAGAGCGUGGAGGAGGAGGAGGAGGAAGAGGAGGAGCGUCUGCCGCACACCGACCCGCCUUGGAUCCACGCCAAGGACACAGCCGUGUUUAACAUGGACCGCAUCUUCACCACCUCCACCGCUCAGCCCUCAGCCCCCACCAACCCCACUAACCCCGACGUCCUCCAUGUGGACUUCUUCGACCCCUCAUCUCGUGGGCGUGGCCUUGACCUGGCCCCGCCCUCUCCUUCAUCACUGGCCCAUGAGCUGCAGGGCGGCGACGCGACCUCCUGGGCGAUGCCGGACAACUACGACUACCUCACACCCUACGAGGACGGCGUGUCCCCCACCGCUGACGAGUACACCUACAGCACCACGACCGACGCCUUCGAGAGCGACGAAGACCUCCGGCUCUCCGCUGGGUCUCGACCCAAGCCCCGGGUCCCAGGGUCUGGCUCUUUCAUCCCCGGGGCGGCGCUUCCCGGCGCUGGAGCUCCAGCACCGAACAUCCCUGUGGCGGCUCCUCCUGCGGCCUCACCGGUGGACGGGUCGGACGGGAUGGGUGGAUGCCGUGUGGGGUACCAGAUGAUGAACGGAAGUUGCCGCUCGCCCUGCGACAUGCUGCCCAACUACUGCUUCAACGGGGGGCAGUGUUACCUGCUGGAGGGCAUGGGAGUCUUCUGCAGAUGUAACGUCCAGGAUUACAUCUGGCACAAGGGUGCGCGCUGCGAGUCGGUGGUGACCGAGUUCCAGGUGAUGUGUCUGGCCGUGGGCGCCUCGGCUCUGGUGGUCCUGCUGCUCUUCAUGAUCGUUGUCUGCUUCGCCAAGAAGCUCCACGUGCUCAAGACGGAGAACAAGAAGCUGCGCAAGCGCAGCAGUAAGUACCGGCCUUCAUCGGAGCAGCACAAUGAUAAUUUCUCGCUGUCCACCAUCGCUGAGGGCUCCCACCCAAAUGUAAGGAAACUGUGCGACACCCCUCCUAACGUCCCUCAUGCCCGUGCAUUGGCUUACUAUGAUAACAUUAUCUGUCAGAAAACCAUGAGCAGAUACACCUGGGAGUGUAAGACCAAAGAGGAGUCCGACUGCGAGGACGAUCCUAAUUCCCAGAACAAGCUGGAGGACCCGGUGAAGGCCCAGCCCAAGGAGGACGACUCCCUCAACAUCCACAACUCCCUGACCCCCAAACACGAGAACCACAAGGUCCUGGGCGAGGAGAACUCCUCGGAGGUAAACUCACUGCAGAACAACAUGAUGUGAAAACAAAACAAAACAACCCCAGCAACCUGACAACGCGACACUGAAAACGACAAAGGUGCGCCGGCAACGGGAGCUCCCCAAACCCCUCCCCGCCCUCCGUCCGUCCGCUGCCGGGUGCGCCUAACGGGUCAACCAACCAACCAACCAACCAACCAGCCUGCCAACGUACCAGCCAACCAACCCUGGUCUGCAACCGUCUCCAACACGGCAACACUGCCACCAAGCGGCCCCGGGCUGCUGCAAAAAAAACGUACACCACCACCACCACCACCGCCGCCGCUGCCGCUACCGCCCCCUGCUGAGAGUAAACACCCUCCCACCAAUCCUCACCCCGCCGCCGCCCUGCAACCUCCUCUUACAUCCACUCACACCCCUUGUUUCGCAGCCCCUCCCCCCCUUGUUGCUGUCGCUCUACUCUCCCUUAUCUCUCUUACCUGCGCACACACACACACACAAACAAACGCACAUAGGAAGCACACACAUAGAGUGAAAAGAUGAAAACAUAGACAUGCGUAUACACACAGACACACACACACACACACACACCUUCCCCUGCCUGCCUUGGUGUAUUUUGUAAAAAGAAAGAAAUCAUACAGAAGUUUAAAACGUACGUAAAACGUCAUUGUAAAAAAAAGAAGAAGAAAAAAGAUAAAGUUACUGAGAGGUUUUGAUGUUUGUCUGACUAAUCCAGUGAGUAUGUAUAAAUAUUGGAGAAAAAAAAUUUCCUUGGAUUGAUUUCAAAAGAAGCAACACAAUGUGUCUUGGUUUUCAUUGAUGUGAUUUCUAAUCCUUUGAUGUACUUGUUUUUUUGUUGUUUUUUUUGUACUUUUUUGGGACUUUGAACAGAGAAUAAACAAACGAGAUUCAGACAGUUGUUGAAAUAAACCUUUUUAACAUGA